UUCCACUUAGAUCUGUAUUAUUACUUCCUCCAUUUUUUGUUCCUUUAAGCUUGCAAAUUCCUCAUUCUCCGAUAUCUUGGAACACACAAUAGAGAUAAAUAAAAAUUCUGGUAAUCAGUGAGUGAAUAAUGGAAAUGGCAAAUUCAAAAGAGGAUCAGCAAGAGAGGAAGAGAAUGAGGCAAAAUGGUGGAGGGGGUGAGAAAUCCCCGAAUUGCCCUCGAUGUGAAUCCGCCAACACCAAGUUCUGCUACUACAACAACUACAGCCUCGCUCAGCCGCGGUUCUUCUGCAAGUCCUGCCGCCGGUACUGGACUAAAGGCGGCACCCUCCGCAACGUCCCCGUCGGCGGCAGCUGCCGGAAAAACAAGAAGUCUCAUUCGUCCCGAGGGCCGCGGUUCCAAACCGGGCAGGACGACCCCAUUAUCAUCAACCCGUCACCGCCCUCGCUCCUGCAACCGCCGCUGCCGCCGUUUGACAUUAUGCCGCCGAUCAACGCCACCGGUUUGCUCGGAAGUUAUGGCUUUCAGCUGGGAAGUGGGUUUCUCCAAACCCCAACAAACGGGCAGUUUUUUAAUUUUGUGAACGUGGAGAAUGGUUCUGGGAAUCCAUAUGAAGGGGCAGAGAAUGGAGGGUCUUACCCUAAUCCAAGAGAUGAUCAAGAAGAUCAGAGGGCAAACUUGGGAUUUCCAUGGCAUCUGCUUGGAGGAGAUAAUGAAGGCGGCACCACCGUGGGUAACAGUAACACUACCUCCGAUGAUGAAGGGUUUGGGCCUAAUUUUUCUUGGCAAGGGAUGAUCAACACCCCACUUACUUAACCAGAAGAAGUUAAUACCAGCGCUCAAAGUUAUCUCAUUGAUUAAGAAAAGUCGAUAAAUUUUUUUAGGGAUGUGAUGUUAAUUAUUACUAAAUAUUUGUUUCAUUAUAGUAUGUAAAAGUAUGUGAUGUGUGUGAGCGCUAAAAUCUUUAUUUAAUCUUCCAAGAAAAGAAUAAUGCAUAGGGUUUUGUUUAUGUUUAUUAGAUUAUCAGCUUGAUUCCAAAAGCUUAAUUUUUUUCAAUCAAUCUAUCCUUUAACUCCUUUUUAGAGUAAGUCCUAAGCUUUUACCCAAGGAAAUGUAACAUUGAGAUUUUUGUUAUGGAAUGAGAGAGAUUUA